AUGGAAUCUACCGACCCCGCAACCGGCGCACCCCUCCCUGCCGAUGCCAUCCAGCGCAUUCUCUUCCUCGCCUCCGGCGCACACGUUUAUAAUAUCCCGCCCCUGGCCUCAAACAAGGGCUACACGGCCGCCGGCUGGACCGAACGCCAGAUCUUCACCGCGCGCCUGCGUGUUAUCGAAACAGCGUGGGAGACCAACGCUCCGCCCGUCCCUACACCCGUCGGCUCUGGCAGCGCCGUUAUCCCCGUUGCCCCGGGCGCGCCGGCCGGCAUUGCGACCAAGGAGAACCACAUCAAGGUCGACAUUGUCCUCGAGGACCCUUCGAACGGCCAGCUCUUCGCUGCCGCCCCGUACACCUCCAUCUCCGUCGUCGAGCCCGUUCUUGACUCCUCCCGCUUCUUCGCCGUGAGGGUGCAGGACGGCCAGGGCCGCAAGGCGGUGCUGGGUAUCGGUUUCGAGGAGCGGAGCGAGGCCUUUGAUUUCGGAGUUGCGCUGCAGGAGGCUCAGAAGAGCUUGGGCCAGUUGGAUGCGAGCCAAGCGAAGAAGGCGGCGGAGAACAGCAAGCGCGCCGAGGAGGAGAAGGCGAAGGACUACAGCUUGAAGGAGGGCGAGACCAUCACCAUCAACUUUGGGGGGUCAAAGAUUGGCCGCCGGUCGAGGCCCUCGGACGCCUCGCAGACGACGCCGCCUUCGGGAGCGGCACUACAGGCCUUCUCGCUACCGCCGCCCCCCGGCGCCUCCAAGAGCACCGGUAACGGCGGCUUCCUGCCCCCGCCGCCGAGCGCUGCGAGUGCCCGCGACCAGAAGCGCGAGAAGAGAAGAUCUGUGCAGGAUUUGGGUUUUGACGAUGGGCAGAAUGGAGAAUUUGCUUGA